AUGACUACUACUACUACUACUGCUACUGAAGUUCCAUUAUCAUAUACUCUUGGAUUUAUUCGUUGUAAAGACAAUAACAAAAUUUUAUUAUUGAAUAGAAACAAAUCACCUUGGAUGGGAUUAUAUAAUGGAGUAGGUGGUAAAUUACAAUCAGGUGAAUCUGCUUUAGAUUGUAUGAUCCGUGAAGCUAAUGAAGAAACUGGAUUACAUUUAACUAAUUUCAUAAAUAGAGGUAUUAUGACUUGGAAUAUAAAUUAUAGUGAUAAAGUUACAUCACAUCAACAACCAAGUAUUGGAGGAUUAUAUUUAUUUACUGCUGAUAUAUCAAUUGAACAAUAUGAACAAUAUCGAACUCCUUUGAUUUAUAAUGAUGAAGGAAUAUUAGAUUGGAAAAAUAUGGAAUGGAUAUUACAUCAAAAUAAUUUUGGAAUUGUAGAUAAUAUUAAAAUAAUAUUACAAUAUCUUUUCGAUAGUAAAGAACAAGAUUUAUUUAUUGUGAAAUAUAAUGAUCAUCAUUUAAUUAGUUGUGUUUAUCUUCCCAAUGAAAAUCCCCUAUACAAAGAACAAGUAUAG